AUGGCCAACCUUGAUCCGUCGGAGGCAGUCACGAUCGCCACAGCCCUCGGCCGUCUCGACAAACUCAAGACUGACGAGUACAUCACAGCAUUUGGUCCGGAUGGCAGACAGUUCUUCGCUACGCCCAAUGGCUACUCUGCCACCCAGCUCCCAGUGGAAGUUCUGGCUGACCUAACGACCAAGCGGAUCAAACGAGUGGCAUGGGCAUCGUACGGAUCCCAUACCAACUCCUGGUUCUUCGCUUAUGAAAUGGUCGACGGCACAUGUACCUUUCGAGUUGGCGCUGCUGUUCCUCCAGCACUCGAUCCAUUCAUUGAAGAAAUCAAGCCCACACCGCCUUUACUUACGACUCUACGCGUGCAGCUUGGCGACAACAACUCUUUCAUCGCCUGGUCCAAGACAUCGUGGGCAUGCCAUGGCAUUCCAGCAGCACUCGAAGCAGAGCUGUGCCAGAUGAGCUGGACGCACAUGAGGUCCGACACCAUCACCAGAGGGCUACUCCAGAGUGAAGUGAAGCAAGCUACAUGGCACGGCGACGGCUCCUACUACGUCGAGAGCCAAGAGGGGCGUGGUUGGAAGUUCGAGUCUGACAGUACGCAGCAAGCGUGGAGCAGGCUAUGGCGCGGUAGACCAAGCCGCAAGGAGCUGUCUGAGCUGGUGCUUGUCGCCGUGGACCCGCAUGCCCCUGUUGGAGAGACAUUUGCUUUCAUCAAGAAGCAGCACGACGCACAGGAAGCGCCUUUCGUUGUUCACUUCUAUGGCGAGCCUAUCUACGUAACAGCCACGCCACCCACGCAAGACACUCGCCUUCAGCGCGUAGAUAUAACACCAGACGAGCCGGCGCACUUUCGAUGGGCGACCAGCAAGCGAGACGGGCGCCCGCACCGUGGGGAGUCACGGGAGUUGGAGCUGAACAAGGGCCAAAGGAUCAAGGUAUGGGACGACAAGGGGCGAAACUGGUUCAUUGCAGAAGGACGACGGGGGGUGAAGGGCUGGGUACACGGAUCCUGGCUGGACUUGUGCGGCAGCAAAGUGCACAGUGAUCCACAAACCACCUACCUCGAGUUCCAAGAGGAGAUGCGGAGACUCCUCGUACCCGGCCAGCUACACGCCUUCCCACGACUACACCAGUACACGAACGCUUGCUCCAACGCUGCAUGUGCGCCGUUGAAGAGCAGCACGCAGCUGGGCAUCUGUGUGCAUGAUUUACAGACGCUGCUGCAGGGCUCUGGGCGCUACUCGUGCGCGUGGCUCAAGGAGGAGAGGAACGUGUGGCACCCGGAUAAGUUUGCUAGGUUCUGCGUUGCUGGGCGCAAGGAGCAGCUGAAGGCGUGCGCGCAGGAGGUUUUUGUCCUGUAUGGGGUGCUGAUGGACAUGUGUGAGCCGGGGGAGUAA